AUGGCAAAAGUACUGACAGUCUUUGGCGCUACCGGCCAGCAAGGCGGUGCGCUGAUCCGCUACGUGCUCGGGACACCGUCACUUUCAUCCAUCUUCACCUUGAGGGGAGUUACGAGAGACGCGUCCAAAGCAGCUUCCAUCGCCCUCAAAGAUAUGGGCGUGGAAAUCGUUGAGGCAGACCUCGAUGCACCUCCUACACUGGCCAAGGCGGUUGCGGGUUCCUAUGCCGUCUUUGGCGUUACCAACUUCUGGGAGAAAGCCUCGGCAGCCGUUGAGGUAGCGCAGGGGAAAGCCAUCGCAGACGCAGCUGUGGCAGCUGGCGCAACACACCUCAUCUGGUCCUCGCUACCCAGCGUGGAGCAAAUGACCGCUGGCAGGAUGUCUGGAGCCAAGCACUUUGAGAGCAAAGCCGAAGUCGAAGCAUAUAUCCGUACAUUGGAUAUCAAGAGCAUGUUCUUCAUGACUGCGUGGUUUAUGCAGAAUCAGUUGGGGUUUAUGAGGCCUCGAGCGAAGGCGAACAACGGCACGUAUAUAUUUUCCCAACCAUGGGACCACGAUACGCCGCUACCUUUGAUCGACAUACGGGACACGGGCAAGUUCAUUGCCCCCGCGCUCCUCGAUCCGGAUCUCUACCAUGGGAAAAGAUUCACUUGCGCCACUGCCUUUUAUACUCCAGGUGAGAUGGCUGCAGCCUGGACGAAAGUGACGGGUAAAAAGGUCGAGGUUCAUACCGCUGGCAGUGGAGCCGAGUAUGACAUGCUCUCGGAAGCGCAGAAGGAGGAGACGAAGAAUGCCAGGGACCUUAUUAUUGAGUUUGGGUAUUUUGGCCCAAGUGGUAAGGAGGAUCUGGCUUGGACUCUGGAGCAGUUGAAGGAGAAGCCGACGACUUGGGAGGAGUUCGUAAGGGACCAUGAGCCUUGGUUCGAGUAG